CAAGCCAGGGGACUGAGAGACGAGACGCAAAGAGAAGAAGGAGGAGACAAAGGCAGCCAAGCAGGAAAGAGGGCAUAGAGGAGAGGCUGGACUGAGCCGGAACCGGAACCGGAACCGAGGCUGUGGCGCGGAAGGAGAGAUCAAAGCGGCAGGAACUGACCAGGAUCAACAAGAGCAACAACAACAAGGAACUUAAUUUAAAACGGACCUGGAUUGGUAAUGCCCCAGAUGUCUGACAAAGAAAAUGAAAACCCUUCCUGGAGCAUGUGGAACUUCCCCGACCAGGGAUCAAACCUGCGUCCCCUGCAGUGGAAGCGUGGCGUCUUAACCACUGGACCGCCAGGGAAACCCAAAUCGUACCAUUUUAAAGAUUAAUUUGAACAUAUAAAAAAUUUAAACAUACUCAGCAAAACAAAUACCAUCCGUGUUCUCAAAGAGCUCAGGAUCGAGUGGGGAGACAGAUACAGAUCCAGCUGAGACACCCAGGUUGAAGAAGUGAGCUGCCCAUUAGGACACAGACAGCCAUGAGGCAGCUUGGUAUCAGGUGACCUGAAAGAAUUAAUUACUGCCCUGGUUUCAAGUGCACCAGUUGCCAAAGGGAAAGGCUGCCCUCUAACUGACCCUGUGAGCUGAUGAAGGAGGAGCCAGGCUCUUGCUGAGGCAGUCACGGAGUACUGAAAUGACUGACAGAAGUCUGGCAGUCCUAUCCCUGGGCAGAUGGAUCGCCUGAUACAGAUGUUGGGACCCAAGCCCUGGGAUUGGCCUAAAAGAGGGCUGUGUUGACCCACCGGCUGGGCCUUGCAUCCUGUCAAACUGCUGUGCAUCCAGACAAAAAUAACAGCCUGGAAAUAGUGCUGAGGCAGUCUGCCGGCCUCUGUAUGGAAGCUAAAGCCCCCAUGCAGAUGCUGACCAAGUGCUACUGCAGGAACUGCCUGCUGACUGUCAUGGACCAGUACUCGGCCAUGGUGUGCAACAUGAAACAGCUGGUGAUGAUCCCCAGCCUUCUGUGGGAUGUGCUGAGUGUUCAUGGGCACCAGGCCUAGGCAGGGGCUCCCGAUCUCUACAACUACUUCACCAUGCUCAAGGCCAUCUGCGUGGAUGUGGAACAUGGGCUGCUGCCCUGGGAGGAGCGGAAGGCCAAGGUGGCAGGUGGCAAAGCCGACGAGGCUGAGAAUGAAGCUGCAGAGACAGAGGAGGCCGAGGAGGAGAGGGUCUUGGGGCAGCUGGACCUGGAAGCCUAGUUCCACCUGCACUUCUCCAGCCUUCCUCAUAUCCUCACCCACCUUACCCUGAAAGCCGAGGAGGUGACGAGGAAAUACCAGGAGAUAAUGGGACAGCCCAUAGAGGCCUCGGACUCUAGGAAAGCUUACUCCACAUGAUAGAAGGCAGACUCUGUGAUGAGGACAUGGAGCAGUUCGCUAGCCUGAUGAUGAUAAGACCAGAAAGACCUGGACCCGCAGCUAGAAGUGAAGGCGACUUGGAUGUCUGGGAUGCUUCCCUACCUGCCUCUGAGAACCAAUUCGUGGACUCAUCACUGGGUCACCUUUAGGUUGUUGCUAUUCACAACUCUCCUUGCUCCUCUUACCAGCUUGGGGUGGUAGCCAGUGGUUCACGAGGGACCACAUGUCACCUGGCCAGUGUGUUACAGCAGAAAGAGAAGUUUUAGCAUCCGACUAAUUGAAGUUCACAUCCUUCCCUCUUGGCAGUCAUUCACUGUGAUCUUGGGCAAGUUAUUUAACCCACUGUAGCCUAAAUUUCCUCAUCUAUAAAAUGGGGAAAGUGUUACCUACCUCAUAAAGUUGUUAUGAAAGUUAAACACGACAAUAAGUCAAAAGCAGCUGGCAUGUGAGAGCUAUUAUUAUAGGUGGAUUUUUUUCUCCCACCCUCACCUUGUGUUUGUUCUAGCCCUCCCUUACUUUUUAGCCUCCAGAACUAAGAAGUAGCAGAGUCCUAAACUCUGAGUGAGUGGUUCACUCUUACACCUGCUGAGCACAGGUGAACUAUAAACUUAUUUAUUGCAGUAGCAAUAAAAAAU